GUAGAGACCAACUCGGCUCGCCGGUUGCUUGUUGCCGCGUGGUGCAAGCUCCGAGUACUGUCCAUACCUCCUCGUCUCUGCAGCCAUGCCGCGGACCUCGUCAAAGAGUGCCGCCAAAGGUCGGAACACCGCCUCGACCAAGACGGCUACUCGCAGAUCCUGCUCCACAGCCAAGACCAAGGCCAAGGGCAAGACCAAGGCCAAGACUACGCCCAGGUCACAGGCCAAAGCCAAGGGCAAUGAAGGUAGCAAGGCUACUGGUAACAACAGGAGGAAGGGGAAGCGGUCUGCCCGCGGCUUGGCAUCGUCGCGUUCGUCGUCGUGCUCAACUGCCUCGUCCGAGCUCACGUCGUCGGCUAGCGACAUUCCGGACUCACUGCUGGCGGAUGUGACUCUGCCACCGCCGCGCUUGUUUGGCUCUGGCCUACGCCGCCCGGCUCGGCCGGCACACCCUGCACUCGUCUUGGAUGAAUCCAGCUCGGGCGCAAGUGCUGUCCCCGAAAGGUUCUCCGACUCCGAUCUCGCGCCAAGCGAGCCCCAGUCGUCGUGGGAGCACCCGUCCGAGUUUGAGGACUCUUUGGACCCAAACUCCGAGUCUUCUUGGGAUGGCACCGCCAAGUCGUCCAAGUCGCGAGCCGUGUCGCGGGCCAAGUCGCGGUCCAAGCCGACCAAGACCGCGGCCAAGAAGAAGACAUCAACAACCGGUCGCAGCAAGAAGCCGCCGGCCAAAAAGACAGCAAAGAAGCCGGCCAAAAGGUUGGCUAAAAGGACCGCGACAAAGACAAAGUCCAAGACAAAGUCAAAGGCGAAAAGUGCAACCAAGGGCAAGAAAGCCACAUCUGCUCGCAAGCGCAAGCGUGGCGCUGAUAGCGACCAAUCGUCGAACGAGAGCUCGGUGUCAGCCAACUCACCGCGUCCGCGCAAGCGGAAGCGCCGUCCGCGCGCUCCGCCCAAGGAGGUCAAGCUGACCGAAGAGGAGGAGCAAGCAACCGAAGCAGCACGGCGCGGUGAGCGCAAGCGUUUGCACCAGGUCGCGCGCGCCCACGCCAUGGGCAUGACAUCCUCGGACUCGACCGGCGCGCUGCCACUGCGGUACGCGCUGCCGAAGAAGAAGUCUGUCUCGCUUCUUGGAGUCCUUGUCGAGGCCGAGGUGAAGCCGACACCCGUGCCGACCAUGGACGACGCCGAGGCCGGCCCUGCCGAGGCCGAGACCAAGAUCAAAGACGAGGCCAAGGCCGAGGUCGGCCCUGCCGAGGCUCCGAUGGAUGUCGUGCCGGCGGCAGGCAAGCCUGUUGACGAUGCCGAGGCCGAGACCAAGACCAGAGACGAGACCAAGGCCGAGGAUGACGAGGACGACGAGGACGAGAUGCUGACCGUCUAUAUCCAUGACGCCAUUGCGGGCAAGCUCAUGCCGCACCAGCGCGAGGGCAUCCAGUUCAUGUGGGACCACGUGUCAACGUCGACGGGUUUCGGCUGCCUCCUUGCCCAUGACAUGGGCCUAGGCAAGACGCUGCAGGUUGUCUCGCUCAUUGAGGCCUUCCUCCGGGCACAGAUCGGCAAGCAGGCGCUGGUGCUUGCGCCGGUCACCGUCAUUGACAACUGGGAGCGCGAGUUUCACAAGUGGCUGCCCGCAGCAGCGUGCCCCACGGUUCGGGUUAUGGCCUCUUCGAUUCCGGUGGCACAGCGCGCCGAGGUUCUCCGCGAGUGGCACACGGCCGGUGGCGUGCUCAUCUGCGGCUUUACCAUGUUUUGCAACCUGCUCUCAGUGGUGAACCCGGCAAAGGUCAAGUCGGCCAAGGCCCAGGCCAAGGCCGAAAUCGCCCACAAAAAGCGGGUAAGGCGCAUGGAGGCGACGUACGGAGAAGAUGCGCUUGCUAUCAUCCGCGAAUGUCUCCUCUCGCCGGGCCCAGACCUGGUGGUGGCCGAUGAGGCGCACAUCAUCCGGUCGUCCAAGACCAGGGUCUCCCAGCUGCUCAAGCAAGUGGCCACCCCGCGCCGCAUAGCACUCACUGGCUACCCUUUCCAAAACAGACUCGAAGAGUACUGGUGCAUGGUCGACUGGGUCCGCCCUGACUACCUCUCGACCAUUGCCUCGUUCAAGUCGAUGUUUGCGGUGCCCAUCACUGCAGGCCAGUGUGUCGACUCGUUGCCGUCAGAGAUCGAGCUCUCGCGGGCGCGCACACACAUUCUGGCCGAGCUUCUCAAGACCAUUGUCCACCGUCGGACGGUGGCGCUCCUGCACGACCGGCUCAACGGUAUUGUCGAAGUCUCCCUUACUUGCCAGCUCGCGCCGCUGCAAGUCCGACUGUAUCAGGCCUUUCUCGCCCAACAUGGCGUCAAAGGCAACGGCAAGCUCGACCGCAACAUGUGCCUGGAGAACGAGCACAUCGCCAACUCGCUCCUUGCUCAUCCGGCCAUUCUCAAGUCGGAGAUCAUGCGCCAUGAGGAAGACCCGGACUUUUGCCGCCCGCUCGAGUUCAACACGGGGCUCAAGAAGAAGCGGCGCCGGACCGGCGACGACGACGACGAUGUGUACAACGACUUUGGCUCCCCGCCGCCGGGCGUCCCGGCAACACACUGCUACGUGCCCGGUGACGUUGGCUUGCCGCAGAUCGAAGGCGUAGAACUUGUUGAGGCCGACGCCGAGGCCGCUGCGGACCCGGUUGAGGCUGAGACAGCAACCGCCGACGAUACCGCUGCCAACAACAAGGCGGCUGGGGAUGAGGAAGACGACAAGAGUAACAAGGGCGUCGACGACGAGGACGGCGCUGAGGAGAUUUCGGGCUCUGGAUCUGGUGAGUCCUGGGACGAAGACUCGCUGUCGUCGUCGGUGGCAGCGGCGUUUGCGCUCUUUUCCGAGUCCGACGACGCACCGGUCUGCUCGUCGUCGGACUUUGAGCCCGAGGCAACGAUGGAGGUGUGGCGACACGACGAGUACUCGUGGGCACGCCCUAUUCUCAAUGAUUACGAGGGCGAGCAACUCGCGUCGGUGGCACAUUCGGGCAAGUGCAUGGUUCUACUGUGGAUCUUGAUUGCAUCGCGGCAGGUGGGGGACCGGGUGGUGGUCUUCUCAAAGCGGCGGUCGACGCUGCAGUACCUGGCGGGCAUGGUCCGCGACGCUGGCUUCUCACACUUUCUGAUGGACGGCUCGACGCCGUCAGGCAAGCGGCAGGCGAUGAUUGACGAGUUCAACGGCGGCGAGCGCGACCUGUUCUUGAUGGCGACGCGGGCCGGCAGCCUCGGCAUCAACCUCAUUGGCGCCAACCGAGUCAUUCUCUUUGAUGUCUCGUGGAAUCCAUGCCACGACGACGAAGCCAUUGUCCGGCCGUACCGGUUCGGCCAGCCCAAGACGGUGUACGUGUACCGGCUCCUGACCCACACCACGGUCGAGGAUUACAUCCACCGGCGGCAGGUCUUCAAAAAGUCGAUCUCGUCGGGCGUCGUCGACGACUCGCCAGCAGCGCGGAUGCUGUACACUUCGGAGAUUUCGACGCUCUUUAACGCGGACCUGUUCGAGACACAGCCGGAGGUCUCGUGGACGAGCCUACCCGAGAGCAAUCGCAGCGAUCCCAUCCUUGUGGGCCUGAUGGAGACGAACCGCCGCGGCAUUGCUCGCCUUGAGCGGCUGGCCGGUGAUCCGGGGCUCAGGACCAAGCCGCGGUACUUUGAGUACUGGCGGCCGAUCAUCUGCUCGCUCAAGGAAGUUCUUGUGGUGCUCGAGGACGAAGACGUGGCUCUCGACCCGGAGCGGCUCGAGUACCACCAGCAGCUCUUCAGGCGAGUCCUUGCCCAGUUUGCCAUCGAGUCCAUGGGCGACUACGAGCAGGCCCCGCCGUCGCCGCCGCGGCCAAAGCGGAGCGCCCGCCGACAGCAGAUGCUCGAGGGACCCAUUCUCUCGCCGGCGCAGCAGGAGGUGGCCGAAGCCUUUGCGCCGAACGCCAACCCGACGGCGAUGCACUACCGCAAGCUCGCAGCGGUGCUUCGCGGUGAGGUCAUGGACUGUGAAGCACCACCGCAGCAGCAACAGCAGCAGCAAGAACAACAACAGCAGCAGCAGCCGGCCAAGCCGGUCAUUGACAUUUCAGCAUCACCCGAGGUUGUCGACCUCGAAGCUGAGAACGAGCCGGCACCAGCUGAGAAGCCAAGAACGGCCGGUGGUUUCCGCAAGCUCGGCAACGGCGGCUCGCUGCUACCUGACGCGCCAACCGGCCCUCUGCUGUCAAAAGCAUCCGAGAAGGCUGCGCUGGACAAGGCCGCAAAGCGCAAGACACGUGCGCCGGCCCCGAUCAGCGCGACGCCGUCGCCCAGGGUGGAAGGCAGUGCCGCGAGCGGCUCCAACGACAAAGCCGCUGCAGUGGACGAAGCCGCUGCAAUGGACGUUGUGCAGUCGUCGACGCCUAGCGCGGGCCCCAGCAGGGGCGAUGACUUUCAUCGGCCGACUCGCGCGAUGCUCGAAGCGAUGGCCGCUCAGCAUGUGCGGGAUCAGCUGAAAGCGCAUGAGCAGCUUGCGGCGCAACAGGCUGGGUGGAACGUAAUGCAUCCGCCGAUGAUGCCGCCGAUGGCAUUCUCGGGCGUGCCAGGGCUGGACUUUGCUACGGCAGCGGUGCCGUUUACACAUCCAAUGAUGCCCGGGUUCGGCAUGAUGCCGAUGGGCCCGGUGCGCAUGCCGUACCAGUACUCGGCCGAGGAUCACAUGCUUGGUCUGCAAGCGAUGGAGCAGUCUGCGCAGCGACAGCGCGAGGCGAUGCAAGCGGCGAUGGCCGCAGCUCAGGCCAAGGCACAGGACGAGAGUGCGGUGGUCGCGAGCGGCUUGGAGCAGCCGGGAGAACAGCAGGACAAAAGUCCGCAAGUCGUUGUACUCGACUAGACGCGGCGCUUUCUAGUAAAGUGUGU